GAUAUGUAGACUAUUAUAUACUGCAUACUAGUCAUUAGGAAUAAGUUUUGCCCCCAAUCAGGAGGAAAAAUGAAAAACAAUACUAGCGUUUACCACUGAUUUUAUACUCAAUUUAAGUACCCUUUCCAAUUCCAUUAUGCAAUCAAUCCUAACCUGCCGUUAACAUGUUUGGGGCAAAAGCUGAUCGAUGUGAUAUUGGGAUCAUGGUCGCUAUGCUUUUGUUCAUGAUCUUGUCACUAAACGGUGUUGUUUCUGGUGCAGACCCUAUUGAUACCUAUUGUCCCAGUGAAUUCCCAUUGUACAGCCUCAACAGUUCAUUCCAUAACAACCUCAAGCUUGUGCUGAGGUUGCUUUCCUCCGACAACGCUUCAAAGGCAGGUUUCUAUGACACAUCCAUAGGACAAGGCCCAGACAAAGUGUACGGACAAUCACUUUGCAGAGGGGACAUCUCCAACUCCACAGCUUGCAAAGAAUGCAUUGAGAAAGCAAGCCGAGAUAUCAUGAAUAGGUGCAAGAGUGAGAAUGCAAUGAUAUGGUAUAACCUUUGCCAAGUACGUUACUCCUUUCAGAGCUUUAAGGUCGUGGCUUAUACUGGAAAGUAUCCGCAGCAGAAUAAUGAGGAGAAGAAAGUAUCGGAUCCUAUAAGAUUUAGGGAAUACUUGACAUAUUUAAUGAGCAAUCUCUCAGACGAGGCUGCUUUCAAUCCUGAUAAGAACAUGUUUGCAGCUGGGGAAGUUGACUAUCCUGGGAACAAGACAAUAUAUGGCUUAGUCCAAUGUAUUCCAGACUCACAGUGCAGUAGUUGUUUGACUUCUGCCUUCACAGAACUCACUGAAUGCUGCUCCGACCUCGAAGCUGGGAUAAUUCUUGAUCGGACUUGCAAUAUCAGGUUCCAGUUGUCUCAGUUCUUCAAUGCUUCAUCUGCAUAUCGCUUGAUUUAUCCAACUUCCACAGGAGGGAAAUGGAAGUCCUGGAUGAUUGUGUUGAUUAUGUGUGGAUCAGUUUUAGUAUUAGCACUUCUUAUUGGGUUGGCCACUGCUUGCCUCAGACGAAAGAACGAUAGAGAGAGAGAUGAAGAAAUAAGUGAACGAACGCUAUUACAAGAGUUGUCUACCCCCAAGAGUGUAGCAGUCACAGAAGAAGGUGACUUGAUUAGUUCCGAUGAACUCUUGUUCAUGACUUUAGCUGUCAUUAAGGCCGCUACUGAUGACUUUUCUGAUACAAAUAAGCUGGGACAAGGAGGCUUUGGUGCAGUCUACAAGGGUGUUCUACCAGAUGGUAAUGAAAUAGCAGUUAAAAGAUUAUCGAGAAAGUCAUGGCAAGGCAUGGAGGAAUUGAAAAAUGAGGUCAUAUUGAUUGCCAAACUUCAACACAAGAAUUUGGUGAGGCUGUUAGGGUGUGCCUUGGAGGGGGAUGAAAAGCUACUCAUAUAUGAAUUCAUGUCAAACAAAAGCCUUGAUCAAUUUAUCUUUGAUCCAGAAAAGCGUUCAAAACUUGAUUGGAAGACAUACCAUGGCAUUAUCAGUGGCAUAGCCAGAGGACUACUUUAUCUUCACGAGGAGUCUCGCCUUAAAAUCAUUCACAGAGACUUAAAGCCAAACAAUGUGUUGUUAGACCACGAACUGUUGGCCAAAAUAUCAGAUUUUGGUAUGGCCAGGAUAUUUUCUGAGAAUCAAAAUGCAGCAAACACGAAAAGAGUUGUGGGAACAUAUGGAUAUAUGGCUCCAGAGUAUGCAAUGGAAGGGUUGUUCUCUGUGAAAUCUGAUGUCUUCAGCUUUGGUGUUAUCAUGCUUGAAAUCAUCAUCGGGAAAAGAAAUAGUGGCUUUUACAUGACCGAACUUGCCCCGACACUGCUGGCAUAUGCAUGGAGACUGUGGAAUGAAGGAAAAGAAUUGGACUUUGUGGAUCCAAUGCUAUUGGAAUCAUGUGAUGCCUCGGAAAUUGUAAGGUGUGUGCACAUCGGGCUGCUGUGCGUGCAAGAAAAUCCGGAACACAGGCCCACCAUGUCAAAUGUGGUGGUGCUCCUGGGAAGCGAAUCAAUGGUUCUUCCCCAACCAAGACAACCACCACUUUCUUUGGGUAGGGUGCUUCGUGCCGAUCCAUCAACAACAACCAAUCCUUCAGUGAAAGAGAUGAUAUUUUCUGAUAUUCUACCGCGAUGAUUUGCCACUUUUUGUGACAAUUUUAGUGCAGGGGUGUUGGGUUCUUGACAGUAGCACAAAAAGUGGGACGUGUUAUAUAAUACGUGAUACAGCAUACAUGUGUAAUUCAGAUGGAGAAGACUUGGUCUACUUGUGAAUUGUGGUGUUAGAUUUUCUAUUUUAUUUUAUUGGUGUGUGGGAGGGCCAAAAGGCCCAUACUUGUGAAUUGUGAUGUUAGAUGUUCGGGCA